AACCCAAGCCAGUGCCAAGUGCAAAAGCAAGCAGCAUCCAACGAUCCGAUACAGAAUUUUCCGAGCGCACAAGCCUAAGCAAUCAAUCAACACCGACAAUGUCGAUCGUGAGGCGGAGCAACGUGUUCGACCCCUUGGCCGGCCUCUGGGCGGACCCCUUCGACGCCUUCCGCUCCAUCGUCCCCCCGGCGAUCGCAGGCGGCAACAGCGAGACGGCCGCGUUCGCCAGCGCCCGGGUGGACUGGAAAGAGACCCCCGAGGCGCACGUCUUCAAGGCCGACCUUCCGGGAGUGAAGAAGGAGGAGGUCAAGGUGGAGGUGGAGGACGGCAACGUGCUCGUCGUCAGCGGCGAGCGCACCAAGGAGAAGGAGGACAAGAAUGACAAGUGGCACCGCGUGGAGCGCAGCAGCGGCAAGUUCGUCAGGCGCUUCCGCCUGCCGGAGGACGCCAAGGUGGAGGAGGUGAAGGCCGGGCUGGAGAACGGCGUGCUCACCGUCACCGUGCCCAAGGCCCAGGUCAAGAAGCCCGAGGUGAAGGCCAUCGAGAUCUCCGGCUGAGCGCAUGCAUGUGCCUCGACGUAUGAUCAUCCGGAUUGGAGUCAGUUUGGUUGAUGUGCGUGCGAGUUCUGCAACCUGAAAGUAUAUAUGCUACAGUUGUGUCCUGCUCUUGCCGAGUCUGGUGAGACGUCUCUGUACUGUAUUGCGUUUGUUUCCCCACUUGUUUAUGUACAUGUGUAAUCGCCAACAGAUUUGACCAUGAAUAAACGAGAGAUAAAUCGUUC